CAUGCCUUGCGCCGCUGAUAUGCAGCGGCACGCAGUAUAUACGCGCGCGCAGCAUUGCUUUGGAAAGCGCUCUUAAUCGCCCUCUCCCCCGUCACGUUUCUCCCCUUCCAUUUUUCUCCCUCACGCUGGCUGCUGAUGCCACCACCAUUCUGCACGGCUGACCCCUCGAACGUCGCCGGCGUUGCUGUUGCUGCUGCCUUGGGACUGCGAUGCUGCUCGCGCCAACAGUCCUGUCUACCAAGCGGGAGCUGUUCUUCCGCGACGGACCGGCGCCCCCGGCGGCGCCCGGCGGCCUGCUGGGCCUGAGCAAGGACUCGACCGGCAGCUUGUCUUCGUCGGGAGGCGGGACGGCACCGCCGUCGUACGCUUCCUCUUCGACUGCCGGGAGCCGCGAGGUUGCCGAGGGCUACGUGGGAUUCGCCAGUCUGCCCAACCAGGUCUAUCGCAAGGCAGUCAAAAAGGGCUUCGAGUUCACGCUUAUGGUUGUCGGUGAAGCUGGACUUGGAAAGUCAACGCUCAUCAAUUCUAUGUUCUUGACGGACAUCUACUCAAAUGAAUACCCAGGGCCAUCUCACCGUGUAAAGAAAACCGUAGAAGUGGAGACCACUAGAGUUCUUCUAAAAGAAGGCAGUGUCAACCUAACACUGACCAUUGUAGACACACCGGGCUUUGGCGAUGCAGUUGACAACACUCAGUGCUGGCAGCCGAUAAUCGACUACAUCGAAGCAAAGUAUGCAGAGUACCUCGAUGCAGAAUCACGAGUACAUCGGACAACAUUGCCCGAUAACAGAGUUCACUGUUGUCUUUACUUCAUUGCACCGUCAGGACAUGGGUUAAAACCUCUGGAUAUAGAAUUCAUGAAGCGGCUGCACGACAAAGUAAACAUCAUUCCUGUGAUUGCUAAAGCAGACACUAUGACGCCAGAGGAGUGCAGUUUAUUCAAGCGAACGAUCUUGAAUGAGAUCACGCAAAACAAAAUCCGUCUUUAUGAAUUUCCUGAUCCAGAAGACGAAGAAGAGAGCAAACUACAAAAGCCACUUAAGGAACGUGUACCCUUUGCCGUUGUAGGCAGCAAUACAGUGGUUGAAGUGAAUGGGCGGAGAGUCAGGGGCCGCAAGUAUCCUUGGGGUGUAGCCGAAGUCGAGAACAUGGACCACUGUGACUAUAUUGCCUUGAGGAAUAUGCUUGUUAGGACUCACAUGCAGGACCUGAAGGACAUCACAAACAGUGUCCACUAUGAAAACUACCGUUGCCGAAAGCUUGCUGGUGUAGGAGGCACUGGGGAGCCAGGUCAUGGCAGAUCCAACAAGAAUCCACUGGCCCAAAUGGAAGAGGAAAAGAAAGACCAUGAAGCUAAGAUGCAACGGAUGGAGAAGGAGAUGGAACAGGUGUUUGAGAUGAAGGUCCGUGAGAAGAUGCAGAAGCUUAAGGAAUCUGAAGCCGACUUGCAGAGAAGGCAUGAGCAGAUGAAGAAAGGGUUGGAGCAGCAGAAGCUUGAGCUAGAAGACAAGCGGCGCAACUUCGACAAGGAGAAGGCCUCUUUUGAAAUGGCCCACAGGGAUAUGGAGGAUGUCUUCCGCAAAAUGGCUGUGGACAGCAACUCUAAAGAAUUGCGCCGGUCUGUCUCUGAGGACCACUUCAGUAGCCGCAAAUGCAUGCAGUAUGCUGCGCCUGUCCGAAAGAACUGCAAGCAGAUGUAGAGAGUGAUGCACGCCCCUACUACCAACCCUUCAUCCGCCUCCUCGGCACCCACCUUGGCUUUGGCCGGCUAUAGUUACUUUUGUUUAUUUUGCUUGUCACCCAGAUUACGGUGGACUGGCACAUCUUUCUCUUCUUUUGCUUCUGUGUAUACAGCACACUACAAAGUUAUUUUUCUGUCGAUGUCGCUUGUUUCACUUGAGUUCUUCACUUCUGUGAAGAUUUUCAGAGCUGUGUGAAUGCUUCAUGACAUGUGCAAGAUUAGUGCCCUUGAUUUUGUGGGCCGUUUUGGCAUCAUUCUAGCAACCUGUAGAACACCUGUUUGCAGACUCUCAGGCAUGCUGUAGGUUUGGUUACUACCCCACCACCGACCCCACAAUAAGAAUUUCUAUUUUUACAUAGCCUGCAUCUCUUGAAAGGCACGUAUUUUAUAGUGUUUUCAUUAUUUCAUUAUAUGAUUUUCCACAACUCUCUAUUCUUUUGAGUGUUCUGUGCCACUGCCUUCCAUGCAGCCUAAAAUGGGCAAAAAACUAUCCCUGCAUACCUUGCAGUGCUGUUCACUUCAUCAUCUUGCACAUGAUAUUUAUGACAAAGACUUCUUGCAUGUUUUUUUUUUCCACUUUGCACUUUCUGCGACAUUAUGUCAAGGUUUAACUUUGUUCCCUAUGUUGCAGUCUUAAUUACAUGUUACCAUUGAGCUGUGGUUAUUCAAUUCUGCAUUGUAAAUAGCACUGUAGUUGUUGUUUCAGAGGCAGCACAUCCUUGUCAUUUUGAGCUAAAUGAUCUGGUCACAACUGUUUUUUAUUGCACUUAUACUUUGCACAUUGUUAUUACAUUAUUUUUAUGUUCUUGGUCCUUCGUUGCAUUGUUAUAUAUUAUAUUGUCAUAGUGUUGAUGAUAUAGUGUGUUCAAGUUUUGUGCUUCUGUCAGGCCAGAAGGUUGGCAUAUUAUAGGCUUUCCUGUUCUGAAGCAUGGGUACUGUGUUGCAGCUUGAACUUAUUUCCUUUCCUUUAAAAAAAAGUUCUGGUACCUAUCACCCUGUGUCUACUUCUGAUGCAGUUUAAUAUAUUUAUAUUUUAUUGUACGUGCCCAUAACUGGGGCAUAAUUUUGUGAUAAACGUGACCAAGGAGCACACUUGUUUUUUUCUAGUCCAACACAUAUUUGUUGUGCCUUAGGAAACCACAUGUCAGCUACAUUUUUAAUCUGUUACUGAAUAGUUAAUAGCGUGUUUCAAAUGUAUGCUUUCUUAGGUAAUUAGUAAACACAAGAUCUGUGUGGGUUUUUUGUUACAGCAGUGACUAGUAGCAGAAUAUGAUACAGGGAACUAUACAGUCUGCAUUCCAGUGACUGGUAACACCAACUUACAAUAAAGAACAAGUUGUUCUUUAAAUAUGUCAUUUCUUGCUAUUGAAUCGGAACAAAUUUGUGGUACAGCAGGGUAAGCUCUACAAACAAAGGAUGUAAAAAAACCACUACUUCUUAAGCUUCGUGCCUUUGUAACGAAGCACAUGACACAUUCAGCCUACCAUGUGAUCUGAAUGCUUUUUGCCAGUUAGUGAGAGCACAAUCACCAGCACAACUUAUACAUGUCUGUGGUCAUCAGUAGCCAUGCCUAAGAUUGCACGCACAUCUUUGCUCAUGCAGACUGAUAUUAAUUUGAAGCAAGUGCCUGAUCUCAAUAGAUGACCCUGCUCUGGGGGCCUUUUAUGGGUCAAUCUAACAGCAGGGGUGGAACAGCUGUGCCAUUUGCGCCAUUGUGCGCCAAACUCUCUUACCAGCGCCAUCCGGUGCCGAACCACCUUUGCUGCGCCAAACUCUCCUAUCAGCGCCGUAGUGCGUCGCAGCACCUCUCUGCUUCGACUAGAGGCCGCUCAGGCGGGUGUAUCGAAUGCUGUUGCACGGACCCUCUGAGCAGCGGAAAUGGACCGGAUCGCUUGACCUCUGCUCCAGCCGUGUUCGUCACCCCCUCUCGCGCCCUUUUAUUCGCGGAUAGAACAUACGAUGUGCGGGAGUAUGUUAUCAAUCUAGAAGUUGACGGGACAUGGUGGGAACAGCAAAAAUGCCUCGGGAGUGUCCAUAUAAUUUCUAUCGCAAUAAUGAGGCUAUUGUGCAAUUUACCUGAGUGUUUAAAAAAUGUAACAUUGAACAAAUGUAGCUUCACAAGUGCUUUAAACCGGGCUAAACCUGCUCUAAGCUUGCUCGAAAAGGCCCUUCUGGCUGUUCCAAGCCUGCGACAAAAAGCACUUUUGUCUGCUCCCAGGACUGCUCCCAAACCCAUGUACCCUGUUCCACCCCUGUAAUAGUUUGAAGUAGUGAUUGGCUGUAUCCUGUCGCCAAUAAUCAAGACUGCAGUCUUUGUCAAGUAUGGAGCUUCAAGUUUUUAUUGCUGCUAUCAGAAGUAUAAGCUUUAUCAAGUCAAACUUGCACCUUGAUGUCUUAUAUUUAUCAAGUCAAACUUGCACCUUGAUAUCUGUAUAGUGGUAAAGUUUCAUUUUCUAACUAAGCAAAAGGACAUUACCUCUUCUCUCAUAUUUUGGUAGAUGUUGCCCAAUGCUUCAGCUUUGCACACACGUCAUUGUCAUGUGUAAUAUGUUCCUGCUUAUGUGUUCCAUUGUGUUUUGCAUUGUUGAUACCAGCUACAUAUAUUAAUGGGCUUUCACAUACCAAAAAGUUAUUAUUUUUUAUUUUGUUGAUUAUUUUAUGUUUCGUUCUGUUUUAUAGUUUAAGAUAGUUUUGUUCUGACUGAACAUAAACAGCUAUGGCAGGGUUUUAUGUUUGAAAUAUAUUUUGGCAUAUGUGUCAUAUCAGCACUGAAUUGAAAGGCAUACAUCAAAGCCCUGGAACUCAGUCAAUAUGAGGUUCUGUGGCUUAUAACUAUAAAAGUUAGCAUCAUGAUAUAACUGCUGAAAUAUGGACUGUAUGUUAGCAUAUUUCUGAUGAUAAUUUUACUAGGCAACAACCAAUGCUUCCUCUGUGCAUGCUUUCUUCAGUUUUGAUGCUCAUAUCCAUUCUGAUUAUUCACAUUAUAUUUUAUUUUUAGACAGCCCUCAUGUUGCUUACUUAUAAUGAGCAGUGCCAUUCAUGGCAGAAACCUGUUUUAGGAGUCUUUGGUCAUUCCAUAGACACAGGGCUCCUUUUCUCUUUCAUGGCCUAAUUAGUUUGUAUCAUUGCUGUUUUUAAUUGAUAAUCUGCUUAUCUUGUAGAGGCUAUGAUGAAAGGCUUUUUGUAAAGUGUGCUAUGCUCCUGCCUUCCAUUAUAGAUCGAAAGGGGCGAGAUGAAGCCACUGAGAGCUAUGAUACAUUUUUUAGUUGCCGUUCAUAUGUCUGUUCCCAGACAACUGCUCACUUGAAGUGUUGUAGCACAGCUGAAAUAAAUCUUCUAGGUGAUCGAAAUUUGUAGCACUAAGCUCAGUACUCUGGAGUACUCAUCAAAUUACUGGACAUGUGAGUGGUACAGUUUCUAUAUGCAGGUAUGGUCGUUUAUACAUAUUGUGGUUUGCCUUUGUGGUGUAGCAUCAGGCAUUUUUGGAAAGGCUAGCGAAGUGUGCGAGCUGGUACUUAAAAAACAAAACUUGGAAGUUUCUGAGGACUGAAAUAGAUAAUGGUCUAAGACUGUAAUGAAUGAGUAGUUAGAAGAUUUGCCACUUCUUCAGGUGGGGGGCAAUGUAAUCCUGCCAAAAAUUGCACUGAAUAUUUAUUACAUUCAAAUGGCUCCCCAGUAACACAUUGUGUUUUUGCAAGCCACGUUAGCCCUUUUUGUAUUGUAGGGAAUACUGGUUGGUAUAAACUUUGGGGACGACUAUCAUUAGUGAUAGAGUAAGUGUUGCCAAAACAUUUUGCACGUAAAACAGGCUCAUGAUUAUUCAAUUCCAAUGUGCCAAUCAAAUCAGUGACAAAAGAUAAGUCUUGAGUUGAACAACUUUAAUAAUGACUAUUGACAUUAGCAGAUUGCUCGAUAUCCUUUUGUAAGUGGAUCAUCUAAAAGCACCAAAAUUUAACACUUUUGUGAAUGUUUUGUAGCUAUCUGGGGCUGCAGCUCGCUACUCAUGAGAUCAUGGCAGAGAUCACAUUUGGCUCAUGCCUUAGGGGAUAAAAAAAAGCAGUAAAGUAAUUUGUCAUACAUGCUAUGAUUCUUGUUCGUGGUCCUGAAUGUUAGCCAUUUUUCAUGCACACAUUAUUACAUCAGUCAUUGCAGGUUUUCCUCAUUUGUAAUGGUUAUUUGGGGAGUAUCGCUUGGGCAUGGUUUCGUUGUCCAAUCCAUGUGUGAGCUUUGUGUUCAGUAAUAAUGCAUUGUAGUUCAAAGGUGGUAAUGUCACUUAAGUGACUGGUUUCGGGGGAAAUUCGGCCUGGGUGUGGAUGUUGCCACAAAAAAAGUUUAGCAUAUUGCUCUUGCAUUGCAUAAUUGCAUAUAGUCAUUAAAAUAUAAUAUUGAAAUGCCAAAAUCUUACUUAUUUGGGUGCAGUUGAAAACAUCCUUUUUUUUAGUUUGCCUUGCCUCAUUUAAAGUAACUUGACGAUCUCUUUACCCAGGUACCCAUUUUUAAGUGUAUAUGCUGUGAAAAAUAAAUUGAUUUGAUAAUAUAACACUGAAA